UGACGUCAGAGGGGUUGUAGUUGAAAGUUGACGGAGGAGGGCUCGUGCUUGGAAGGUUCGCGGGAAACAUCCAAACAAAUGUGUUCUAUUGGAAACGCGAGCGGCUUCAAACUCAAUUUAAACUUAUAUAUAAAACUGAAAACCAUCAACCACACUGAUAAUAAAGUCUUCUUCAAACGCGGUACUAAUAUUACUAAAUAUUACUUUGAAACUGAACGAGCUACUUACAUUAGCUAGCUUUAGGCAGCUCCAGGCUAACACAACAGUGCUAAUCUGUGAACACGAGAGGUAACGGUAAUCCGGACGGGGGAGUUAGCGGUGGGAACACGGCGGGGUGAAGCACUCGGUAACCGGCGAGAGACAUGGCGGAGAGACCCGAAGAUCUAAACCUGCCCAACGCGGUGAUCACCCGCAUCAUCAAGGAGGCGCUCCCAGAUGGGGUUAAUGUGUCGAAAGAAGCCCGGAGAGCCAUAUCCCAAGCUGCCAGUGUGUUUGUGCUGUAUGCAACGUCCUGUGCAAACAACUUUGCCAUGAAAGCCAAAAGGAAAACUCUGAACGCAGGAGAUGUUUUGUCUGCGAUGGAGGAAAUGGAGUUUGAACGAUUCCUGGAGCCUCUCAGAGAAGCUCUAGAAGUGUACAAGAAGGGCCAGAAAGGAAAGAAGGAGGUGUCUGAGCAGAAACGUAAAGACAGAGAGAAGAAAACCGACUCUGAGAACGAUAAGAGCAGGGAGGAGGAAGAGGAGGAAGAGGAGCGCAUGGACGAGGAACCUGAAGCCGAGAAUGAGGCAGAGGAGGAAGAUGUGGAGAACUGAUGAUGACACAAACAACAAUACACUCCCAUCACUCUCCUGGGCGUGUUGCGUUCAAGUGACACUCAGUCAGCAUUGAGCAAAACUGAAUCAAUUCAUCCAGGUUCAGUGAGCCACCAAUGGGUGAAGGUUCAAUUCUAAAAAGGGCAGCUGCUAUCUUCAGCACAAAGAAACAACAACUACGUCACGCACUUCCUGAUCUUUUGUUCUUUUUGGUAUUUAUUUGUUGUAUAUAUCUGUCACCUUUUGAUACACUGUUCUAUACAGUAAAGGAUAUACAGUAGUAAGUGUCCGUUGACAGAAAGUUAAUGUCAAAGUGACUCAUUGGAUUUAUAUGCUCUUGUAUAUGAGCUUUUCAAUCUAUAUACUAAAUUGGCUGACGGGCAAUGACAUUACAACGGCCUAAGACACUUCCAGGAGAAACGUGCUGUUCAUUCAUACACAAUGCAAAGAAAAGAAAAGAAAUAUGCCAAAACGCAUGAAAAUGAAGAAACAUCUUAACCAACUUGACAACACAUGCUCCGCAUUUAUUUAAUUUGGCCAAUUAUAGUAAUCCCAGAAUGUCAACAAGUGCUCCGGGCCCAGCUGUGUGCUUCAAUUGUUUGUGUGCCUGGUUUCCAUUGCGUUUUGAGGCGUUUUUUAUUUGAAGCAUUUUGUUUUGCUGCGUUUAGUUUAUGCAGCACUGUUCGUUAACAGUGUGUAUGUUUCAUCAAGUCUAAUGGAAGUGUUUUGGGCCGUUGCAUUUGCCCAUUGGCUCACAUAACAUAGGGCGUAGUUUGACACGUUUUCCAGUUAUGAAUAGAUUAAAGUAUUUGAUAGUGGCAGCAUUACUGUGAUACCCUCAAUUAAGGAACAGCCUUUUAUUUAUUCCACAAAAGCUCCAAAUAAAAAUAGAUUCAAAUAAGACAUGUUUGAUAAAUGUAACAAAAAACCUGCCCUGAAAUGUGCUACUAGCUUAUAGGGUACGAAAUCACACACUAGUUUGGAAGCUAGCAUCACAGUUUUGUAUUUUACCAUAACACAGUUCAAUUGUUGUGGACUACAUGACCUCAGUAUAAAGAGAUGCACCUGUGUUUGUUCAAUUUUUGAACCAUUUAUACUUUUGUAGAAUUGUAAAUGACUGGUUGAAAUUUUCAAUAAAUCUUUUGUAUUAAAAGUGCA